GCCGCCGCUUACGUUAUUUCACCUACACACACACAAGCUCGCGCGCUUCACUUGCCUGCGCUGCAGCCUGCAGCGGAGUCUCCGGAUUAUAACAGAGAGAGAGAGAGAGAGAGAAUCACGAUCCCAUCACGUGCUCGCCCGACCAGCUCCGGUCUUAUUCUUCGAUGUGUAUACCUGUCUCACUCUCGCGAGCGCUCUUUAGUCUCGAUCAGCACUUUUUCACGCGAGGACGCGAAAAGCACGUGUUUUGGCUGUCGUGUGGGGAUUAUGCGAGAGGCUUAUUUUUAAAAUUUAACGACAAGCUCGUAAUUUACAUGCGCGCGCGCGCGUACAGGAAGAAGCGGGUUUUUAUCCUGUUUGGAAUUUUUCAAAAGCAAAUGGACUGCAGUUUUAUCGAUUUUCACUCUACGACAAUUCUUUGAAGAUAACAAUAGUCGCUAUCGGCUAUUCUUUCACUUUGCAAUGGGAUCAAUGAUUGUUUAAGCGAUACACUUAAAAAUAAACUCUAAAACCGCGCAUCCGCGAUCAUUGAUUUUCUGCAAAUAACCACGCCAAUAAUUAUUCUCGUACUUCAGAACCCUUCCAAAUAUUAUAAGGUCGUUGUCCUAAAAUAUCCAAGUCUUUAUCAUGAUUCGAAAUAAAACCAACCAACCCUUUUCCGCACAUCGAAAUUACGGAGGCUCCCAUAUACCCGUACAAUAGCUCCCCUCGAGCGCAUGCGUGGCAGGUCUGCGUUUUUUCUAGAAGCCCCCGUGCGAGAUCCGUAUGCGCGCUGCCCGCACACACACAUACAUAUAUAUAUAUAUAUAUAUAUGUGUGUGUGUGUUCAUGUAUGCGCUCGUCCACCGCGAGAGCGCACAUAUUCACAGAGUCGAUUUCGGUCGAGCCAAGCGGACGCACCGCGCUCUACGAGCGACUUUUCCAGUCAGCUUCUCGAAUAUUCGACUAAACUCCUCGUUGACACGGCCCGAGUGUGCUCCUCCCUUUUACAUCGAAGUGAUAUUUUAAUUUGAGAUCGAUUAGUCAUUAUCGUUGCGAGGACAACGAGGAGCGUCGUACAGUGCGCGCGCGCGCGCGCGCGUUCGCGAUCGAUAAGGAGAGACGACGUGAGAGAAGUUUGGCUGAAAGCAUCGUCGGUUAUCUCGUUGAUACGAAGUCGGGAGGACCGCAGCGCGACGACGAGGUUCUGCCCAAUGAGAGCGUCCUCAGACAUGGGCGUGGAUGACACGUUGGGAUUGCUCUGUGGAAAUCUACGAAAAGAGGAGAGGCUCAAGAAGUCGUAUCUCGCUGGAGGAGUGAUGGCGGGCUCGGUGUGCACCCUCGCGGUGCUCUGCGUCUUUCUGCAGACGAUGGGCUUCUUCGGACCCCAGAACACUAUCGGCGCCUUCAAGCUGCCCUUCACCCUGGAUAACUACCUCGCCGGUGGUAAAGAAAACCCCGCUCUAAGCCCGGUAAACACGCACCUAGAUCUGUUCGCAGGAUUGCCGGUAUGGGAACCGGGCCAAUCGAUGAUCGUGGACACCGGAGCCUACGGUACCAAGAGACUGCCGCCCAUCGACGACGCGAGUCUCAACGCCUCGGUCAAGUACGCGACCGGUGUCUUGUCGCGCAUGGAGCGAAUCGAGGCGAACCUGGUGAACGCUGGGGUAGCCCCUGCUGCCGAUAGUCCGGCUCACAGUCAGUUCGUGCACUACUACCCCAACGACGCCGCCCUGGAGAAAGGACUCGAGGCUAUGGUGGCCAUCGGGGCGUCGGCGCAGUUGACCCAGGCGCAUUGUAUCAGAUUCGGCUUGAGCGCUAUCGAGUGCGCGCGCUACAUCACGACGGUGAGCCUGGGCAGCACUUCCCUGGGCACGUCCUGCAACGCCCAGCAAGAGGCCGAUUGCAAUUUGGACUCGAAGUACCGAACCCUCGAUGGCAGCUGCAACAACCUGCAGAAUCCCAAGUGGGGCAGUGCUUUCACCGCCUACGCGAGGCUGCUCUUCCCCCAGUACGCUGACGGCAUCCAAAUGCCGAGGAAGGAACGAGGAGUGCACUCCCUGCCGAACGCAAGAACCGUGAGCGUCGCCCUUGUCAGUCAAGACGAGAGGACUGACGUGUCCAAGACUCUUGCCCUAAUGGAGUGGUCCCAGUUUGUCUCAAACGACAUCUCCUACACUCCCAUUCGCAAGAUGAUUUGGACCGGAAAAGCGAUUUCAUGCUGCAGAAACGACGGCCAGUGGCCGCUACCACGUUACAUUCAUCCGGACUGUGAUGCUAUUUCCGUUUCCGAUAACGAUCCGAUUUACGGAAAGCACAACAUUCGUUGUCUCAACUACGUUAGGUCCCUACCAGUUCUCAGGUCCGACUGUACUUUCGGACCAGCCGAGCAGAUGAACCAAGUGAGCCACUUUCUGGAUGGCUCGAGCAUCUACGGGUCGACCGUGACCAGAUCAAGCGAAAUCCGCUUGUUCCAAGGCGGCUUAUUGCGCGUCAACGUCAGAAACAACCGCGAGUACAUGCCGGUCGCUCACGCCGAACCGGCUUCUCAGUGCAGCUCCAAGAACUGCUACUUGUCUGGCGACGACCGUGCAAAUUCAGAGCCGCAAAUGGCUGUGAUGCAGACCCUGUGGGUACGCGAGCACAAUCGCAUCGCCCGCAAACUCGCAGAGGUCAACCCCGAGUGGUCCGACGAGACACUGUACCAGGAAGCUCGACGCAUCGUCAUCGCCGAGAUCCAACACAUCACCUACAAGGAGUGGCUGCCUCAGCUCCUCGGCAAGAGAUACGCCAGCUCCAUAGGACUGAACGUCGCAGGCAACUACAGCGGUGCGCCUUACAUCUCAUACGGCGAUCCGGCUGUCAGCAACGAAGUCGCCACUGCUGCGUUGCGCUUCCUGCAGUCGCUCAAACAGGGUAAACUGAGGAUGACGGACAACGACAGGCUAAUCAACAACAGCAUCAAACUGUCGGACUACUACUACAAGCCGCGAUCGAUCGAGAAGAGCGACGUCUUCGACGGCCUCAUCCGUGGCCUUGCCACCCAAACCGCUCAGAAAAUGGAUCUUCACCUGGUCUCCGAUAUAAGUCACGAGCUCUACAAGACCAGCGGCGAGGUCGGCCUCGAUCAGAUCAGCCUUGACAUUCAGCGAGGUCGAGACCAUGGCCUUCCCGGCUACAACCACUACCGCAAAUACUGUGGCCUGCCUUCCGCUAAGAGCUUCAACGAUUUCUUGGAUUACAUUCCGAUGGGGACGGUUCGCAAGUGGCAAGAGCUGUACAAGCGACCUGACGACGUAGACCUUGUCAUCGGAGGCAUGGCUGAGAGGCCAGUCGAUGACGCCCUCUUGGGACCAACUUUCCGCUGUCUCCUUGCUACGCAGUUCCUCAGAGCUCGUCGGACCGAUAGAUUCUUCUAUGAUUCCCUCGAUCAACCUCAUCCUUUCAAUAUCGCGCAACUGAACAGCUUGAAGAAAGUAACUCUUGCACGAAUUUUCUGUGAUAACGGCGACGACAUCACCAAGAUGCAGCCGAACGUGUACCUUAAGCCGCAAGAAGGAAACGAACUCAGACCCUGUACUGACUUUGAAAAGAUUCCAAGUAUCGACUUAUUCGCCUGGGCGGAGAAGGCGAAGGCUUACCGUUGAAUAGUUUAGAGAUUGACUCGUCACUCUUCGGAUCGAAUGUCUCGGCUGGACGUAUGAUACGCGCCGAGACAGAAGUCGAAAGGGGAGAUCAUCCUCGAUGGUUUGGCGAAUCUACAGAGCAACACAUACAGUCGACGAGCCCCAUAGCAGGAUGAGACGAACGGUCGGUAACAGCUGACUGCAAUGGAAGCUUCUGCAAGAUUUUUAUCCUAUAGAGCGCAGUAUUGCGUGCACGACAUCGAGAUGAUUUGGAAAUGAAAUUUACAAAUUCGAUCAGCUCGGCCAGAGCGAGGAGAUCUGAAUAAAAUUACGAGUAUUAUUUUUUAAUCUUUGACUAAAGCAAUAUCAUCGUGUUUCGAGAUUUCAGUUUUUAAUUUGUGGAGUUACUUUAUUUAAAUGUUUUUGUGGAGUAAUAAAUAAGAAUACAUCAUUCUUUUCACGAAUCAAAGUGUUUUUUGUUACGACGAUCGUUCAGAUAAAAGUAAAAAAAAAAUAGUUUCUGUUGUAUCAUAUUAUUGAUUUCAAAAUACUGCCAAAGUAUUAAUAUCAAACUUUUGAUCGCAACUAUUGCAAUAAGCGAGUACAAGAAUUUUCAAAUUUGAAAACAAAAAAAAGAACAAUAAUUGGAUCAAUACCAACGAUUGGAACAAAUGUAGCAUAUUAUGUUCAGCUAUCAUACAUACCAAAUAUACAAUGUUGUAUAACGACGAAGAGGGAGAUACGCGAAUGCAAGACCAGUGAAAAUUCGCUCGAAAGUGACUUGUCAAUCCUAUAGCUUAGAGUUCAGAGAGCUUUCAAGCUUCAUCUGUGGCUCUCUAGAGUGAGUUUGCGUGCGAGUGGAUGAACGCUUGAGAGAUUAAGUGAUAAUUUUAUGCGCUUUAAUAAUUUCCAUUCUAUACAUAAACUGUAUUUAUUUCGCGUGUAUACGCAACAGAUGUACGACUCUAAUUAGUUUUUAAAAAAAAAUGCGACGUAUACUUUAUAUAUUAAAGUACUGACGUUCUUGCGCACAGUACACGAAAUGCGACUGAUUAACUGUUAAGAAGAAUAAACCUAGAUCUGUAGAUAUCCAGUCUUUAUUUUCUAUAAUCUGAUGUACUUAUAACGAUUCGCAAUAUACAAAUCAACAACGAUCCGUUGUUCCCUGCGUGAAGAGACGAACGUUAAAUAAACAUCUUGAAGCAUAUA